CCUUUCUCCUUUCAGUUCUCUCUGUUUCUCUCUCUUUCAUCUGUGGCAUGUGAUGGCCUCUCUCUUCUACAAUUCAGCUCACUGAACCAAGUCAGUCAAUUGCAGAAAAGGAACACAAAUGAUUCUUUCUUUGUGAAGAUUUUUGGAUACAUUUUUCAAGUUGUUCUGCUAUACAACCUGUUAAGAUUUUCCCACCAAUUUUACUAGUGUACUGGUGUUUCUAUUGCUUUCUCACUGUUUGAGUGUGUGCAUCCUGUGGAGAGGAGAGUGAAAUAAUGGAUCUUGUCUGGAUAACAGUGCCUUUUUUCCUCUUUUACAAGUGUUUGGAGUGCUCAGGAACUGCUAAAGAAUGGACAUAUGCAGGUGCUGUGGGACAGCCAGAAUGGGCUGGGGUUUUUCCUGACUGUGGUGGUUCUAAUCAGUCACCCAUAAACUUGGACACAUCACAAACACUGUAUGAUCCAACACUAAUCCCUGUGCAGCCCCUGGGAUACAACCAUUAUGGGAAGAAGCCAUUCACCCUCUACAAUAAUGGCCAUACAGUGCAGAUGACAUUGCCACAUUGGAUGAGCGUGGCUGGGUUGCCAUGGCAUUAUAGUGCUGUACAGCUACACCUGCACUGGGGUAGUGAAGUAGGAGUAACUACAGGAAGUGAACACACCAUUAAUGGACAGAGCACUGCAGCAGAGCUCCAUAUUGUCCAUUACAAUACAGAGAUGUAUGCUAAUAUGUCAGAAGCUAAUCCUAAUUGAGGUGAGUUCUUUGUUUUUAGUUUGCUUUCUCAGGCAGGCGAGGAGAUUAAUCAAGGAUAUUACAGUAUUCUUAACUAUCUGGGCCACAUCAGAUAUGCAGGCCAGAAGGUGGCUAUACCAGCAUUUGAUAUAAAGUUGCUGCUGCCUGACAACCUCAGCCAAUAUUUCCGCUACAACGGCUCACUCACCACUCCUCCCUGCCACCAGAGUGUCCUCUGGACUAUCUUCAGAGAAAGAGUUAAAAUUUCUCACUCACAGCUGAUUAAAUUACAAACAGUGUUGUACUCCAGUAAAGAAGAAGAGGCAGAGCCCAUGGCUCUCCAGGAUAACUACCGCACCACCCAGCCACUCAAUAACAGAACUGUCCUGUCCUCUUUUAUUCCGGUCUCAGUAAAAAUGUAUACUGCAGGUGAAAUCGCAGCUAUUGUGAUUGGAUCUCUGUGUGGAUGUAUAGGCUUGGCUGUUAUCAUCUGCUUUAUUGUGAAAACUAUUCGCUUAACAUCCAGCUGGGAUGUCUUACCAAGUAUCCGACCUUCUCACCAGCCAAGAUCGCAAGAUAUGGCAAAAGAAUGCAAAGAGGAUAUGGCUUUAAAGACGACUUCUAACCAAACAAAACCAGAAGAAGCUGCCCCUCAGCCUGAAAUUUGAUUCUAAACAUUUCAUGUGUAUCUUGCCAUUUUUGUCUAAUGAAAGAAAAAUUUUCCAUUUAAUUGAUGUCUUCUAGUUAUUUCUCAGUAAAAGAUCAAGUAAUUUUCAACCACCUUCCUUCAUUUGCACAUUUUUCUCACUGUUACAUCAUGGUUUAGCUGAGGGCUUCUAUUUCUCUCUCUUUCUCUCUCUCUCUCUCUCUCUCUCUCUCUCUCUCUCUCUCUCUCUCUCUGAGUGUGUGUGUGUGUGUGUGUGGUUUUCAUGUUUUGCAUUUUCUUCACUACAUCUAUAUCAGUUAGUUUUUUUUUAAUUUAGAGUUUUAUUGUACAUACUAUAAAUUAAUUAGUAAAUUACUAAAAUUAUAUCAUGAUUGUUCAUUGUGAUUAAAUGCUGUGAUUAUACUUUUAUUGGCAGACAUAUGGAACGUUGUUCAAAAUCUACACUGAAAAUAAAAAAGAGCAAAUUAAACAGUUUUGUUUUCCCAG